UUAGCACUUUAUGAUACAUGAAUGGCUUAUUUAUUAGAGUCAGUGCAAUAUUCAUUGCACCCAGAAUCAGAAACAGAGCAGAGAAAGUCUUCCUUGUUUUCAGGCCCUGAAAAAAGGAUGGUUUCUCCAAAACUAUCUACCAUCACUGCACUAGCAUUGGUCUUUUUCAUUUUCACCAAUGAAUCUGUUGGUGCUUCUUACCACCCUUCUGAGGAUACAUCAUUUGCUUCUCAGAAAGUUAAUCUUUCGGUGUACUAUGCAAGCCUGUGCCAACCUUGUGCAACUUUCAUUGUUAAGAAUCUAGAAGGAAUCUUCCACGGUGAUCUCAUCAACAUUGUGAAUCUCCAGCUAGUUCCUUGGGCCAAUGCUUAUGUUGAUAAGACUAACCAUUCCAUAAUAUGUCAGAAUGGCCCUGAUGAAUGCGAGCUAAAUUCACUGGAAGCCUGUGCUCUCAAUGUUUUGAAUGAUGUGAAUAAACAUUAUGCUUUGAUUUACUGCUUUGAGUUUCUGGCAAUUGAGGGAAGGCACAAGAAUUGGCAGGAUUGUUUCACCGAAUUGGAGUUGCCCAAGGAACCUAUUCUUAACUGCUAUAAUACAGGAAAUGGAACAGAGAUUGGACAAAAAUAUAUUAAUGAAGCUGCUCCCCUUUACACACCCUACGAAGUUCUGCCUUGGGUGGUGGUAAACAAUCAAUCUAUUGGAAAGGAAUAUGAGAAUUUUACACGCUAUGUUUGUGAAGCUUAUAGAGGCACUCCAGUUCCAGCAGCAUGCAACCCUCGGUAGGAGUUUUUGUCCCCAAGCAUGGUUUUAUAAACAUGCAUGAGAAGAACAUUUUGGUGAAAGCUCUUCAGAAAAAGGCACAGAACCUUAUAGAACAUUUACAUUUACGGUUGUCAUGAAGGCAGUGAUAAGCCACCUUAUAUAUGUACAAGACUCACAAAAGAAAAAAAAAAUGAUGCAAAUAGCCAAAUAAUAUUAA